CAGUAUUUCUGAUAUUCGUUUCAUGCAAAUACAGUUUUCAGCUUACAUAAUGUAUUUUGAAAACAUCACGCAAUUUGAACUAAACGCCCAAUGCCCCACCAUAUAUGAUAUAAAAUAAUCUGAUUGCAUUGAAUAUAUGUGCAGAAAUUCAAUAUAAUUUGACAAAUUUUUUUUCCAGCCGCAACAAUUCAACGAUGACUGUGAUCGAAGACUAAAAGAUUUGCAAGGUUGUCAAGGUUCCGGUUGUCUUGCCUCGUAGAUUUAUGUUUGACUGUUUAUGAUUACAGCUUAUUCAAAUCUCCGAAAAAAUUAAUGUAUAUAUAAUUGCAAGUGCGAGCCCCGUUUAUCAGACAAUAAAUGAAUCUACGUUAUUCAGACUACAAUCACUUGUAUUGACGACGGAACAAAUUGCGACUGAUCGCCUUGGAGAUGGUGAAGAAUAACCGUCACGAUUUAUUGAAGAAUCAACUCUCGAUGUUCUCUAAACAGCCACAUUUUUCUGAAAAAAUUGCACUUACCGCAGCAAAUGCACAACCAACAACUGAUGUAAUGAACACCAUUCAGUCAUUUGAUGCAACAAAAAACAAUUCACAGACUACAUUAACAACUAUUCAAACAGGACCUGAUAAACAAUUGACAACUGCCAUGCAAACAACUGAGAUGCAACGAACAGUAAAACCAGCUUGUCCACGGUCUGUUUUCAACUUUACUAGUCCUUCCCAAAAAACUGAUUAUGUGAGAAUCAAAGUGCCAGUACCGGAAUUCACUGACAUAUCAAUAUGCUCAUGGGUUGAAGUAUCCAAAACUUCUUAUGAACAUAUCCAUACCUUGCUAAGUUAUGCAACAAUGAAAUCUUCUAACACGAUAUUAAUCGAGUUCAUCAAUACGGCUAAAAUAAAAGUAACGGUUAACGGUAUAAGAUUGAUGACCCACAACAUUGAUGUCAGCUUCAGAACCUUUUUAUGCUUCAUUGUGGCCACUGAUACAAAGAUCUUUGUGAAUGGAUCUUUGAAGGCGGAAUCAGAGAUACACAGUAAGCCAAUUCCAGGAAACGGUUUGCUCGUCAUUGGCCAGGAUCAAGAUAGCAUUGGAGGAGGAUUUAACGCUCACCAGUCAUUUUUUGGAAUAAUUGAGAACAUAUUCAUUUGGAAUCGCGCACUUACUGACGAGGAAAUGCAUGAAAUGCAUGAGCAUAAAUGCAAGUGUCCUAAUGAUUACGUCAUUUCCGCCAAUCAAACUGUUUCCGUUACUAAAGGAAAUGUGAUAGCAACAUAUACGCAAGAUUGUGUAGCUCCCUGAUCACAAAUUGUGAACAUUUGCUUAAUCUACAUUUUCUUAUCAGACCAAUGCUUUCAAUACCAGAUUCUUCUUCUUCACCCAUUUGGCAAUAAACGAGGGAAAAGCUUCCACCUCCACGGCCAUUGCAGCCCAUCUUGAAAGUGAUUAGUGUUUAUCAGUCCUGGCUGACGAAUAUACUGAAUGUGAUUAAUUUUUAAAUCUUUUAUGAUUGCACACAAUUUUACGACACAGAGUUUUGUACAGAGUUUUGUACUACAGUUUAAAGAUAUGGAUUUUUAACCAACUUUAUUUCUAAUUCUAAUAUUUCUAAUUUUAAAAUUGCGUAAAUUAUAUAUUAAAUAUCAAGUAAGUGGAUGGUAUAUUCAAUUAUUUUCGGAUUUUAAUUUAGUCAAAUCAUGCAUUAUUACUAUUCAUUUUCAUGUGUAGCUGACAUUUGAUUAUGCCACAUUUGUUUUCUUCUUCGUAUCAUUAUUAUGAUUAAAUUGUAUUAUUAUUUUGAAUGAUUUACACUAUCAGUAGAUGUUCAAUGACGUAUGGAAGUUCAUUUAUUUCGGUGGAAUGUACAUAUUUUUUGUUAACUCCAUACAAACGAGUCGGGUUUUAGAUAAGUUAAUUCUUACAAACAUAUUUUAAAAUUGCGAUGUAUUAUUAAAUUUUGUGUCUCCAAGAUUGUCAAUAUUAAUUGCUCGCGUAAGCAAGGAGUUUGCAAGAAACUGAGAAAAGUCUCAUUUUUUGAAUAGUUAGGUUGAGUGUGCAUCAUACUUGAAUGGCAUUGAUUGGUUCUGCAGUACUAUUGAAUUCAAUAUGAGCUGUAAAUUUCCGGCAGCAUUUGGAUCGCCUUGAGUUGGUGUU